CCUCGGCCUCCUCAGAGUUAACAGUUGGCUGGCCUCGCCCUUGGCCAGCAACUCCCGCCCAAAGAGGCUCUGUCCACAUUCCCUGGCUGCUUUCCAGCCUGCAGGAGCUGAGACAACAAAGUCCAGUGACUGGGAGGGCUGAGCAGAGGCCGCUGAAGGGGAGGAAGCAGCGGGAGCCACAGAGCGAGGGGACUGUCCAGCUCCCCGAUGCUAGGCCUCCUGGGGAGCACGACUCUCGUGGGCUUGAUCGCAGGCACUGCUGUGGCCGUUCUGCUACUGCUGCUUCUGCUCGCCACCUGCCUACAUGGUGGGCAGUGGGACAAUGACGUGGAGAGAAACCAUCAGGCUGGAAGGAGAAACCGAGUCCGGCGGAUCCAGCCUUGGCUCUUCCCAGGCCGGGGCCACCUGGGACGCUUUCACCAUCCCCAUCUUCCUGGCCAUGUGUCUCACAUGCACCAUGCAGGCCUCCAACACCACCACCUGCACCACCAUCGCCACCACCAAGCCCACCUCCAUGCCCACCGAGGCCACCGUUGAUGCCUGUGGAUGGCAACCGCCGCCUGCCCUACCAUCUCCAGGACGAAUGGACCCCGUGUUCCUCUGCAGAAGGUCACCUCUCUGUGGUGAACACUGGGUGCUCUGCUUGGGUCCUGCUUGGGCUUCAUUAGCAUACGGUGCCCCAGUGAACCACAGAGGCAAAGGACAGAGGAACACCUGGGAUGGCCCAGCGUGCACUGGAGGGUGAGGGGGGUGAGAGCAGGGGUGGUCCUUUGGGGAUGGGCACCACCUUGGGACUGUUAACUCCCAGAGGGCACCAGAAGUGCACCGAUGUAUGCCGAUGCAUGAAAGAUGGCCCAUGCUCUCUCUGAAGUGCUCCUCUUCUGACUUCCUCAAGCCUCUGGUGGGGAGUAGAUGGGAGGGACCCCAGCAAUGCCCUUUCAUUUGGAGAAGGUAGUAUGAGGCUGCACAAUUUACUGGUGCCUUAAUGCAAGAAAAUAAAAAACCUCUAAGAA